AUGGAUGUGUUUAAGUUGGCUCUUUCUCAGCAUGCAGUCAAACGUGACUUUGAGUAUAACACAGAGAAGAGCACAAAACAUAGGUUAAGGGCCUAUUGUAAAAGAACAGAUGAAGAUGAUUGCCCAUGGAGGAUACAUGCUUCUACAACAGCCGAUAGGCGUACUGUGAAAAAAAAACCUUUUGACCACGAUUGUUCUAGUACGAAAAGGAAAAAGAAAGUGAAGAACGCAACUAAGUUCUGGAUAUGUGAGAAGGUGAAAGAUUGGCUCAUUGAAGAUGCAACUCUAGGAGCAAUGGAAUUGCGAAAAAAGCUGAAAGAACACUACAAGAUCAAAAUCCACUACAAGAGAGUCUAUAUGGCUACAGCUGGCAGGCCUAAAACUGAGAGAUAUAAAGGUUGUAGUGACAAGAAAAGAAAAAAGGGCAAGCACUUAUGUCCAAUUUGUAAGGAAUAUGGGCAUCAUUGGCACAACUGUAAGAAGGGUAACCCUGAUGACAUUGCUGCAAUGUUGGCUAUUAGAGAACCACCAAAGAAGAGGGCAAAGACUAGCAAAACAACCCAGUCCAUUGUGCCUUGCGAGGAUGGAGCACCAACAAGGAUGCUUUUUCCACCACCAAGCCAAAGCUUGGAAACUACAACUAAGAAAAAGAGAAAACGUGACAACAUUGAAUCUGGAGGUUCAAAGAG